AUGUCGUUGAAAGCUGUGAAGCCGGUUGUUAUGCCUGAGACCAGUGAUGGCAUUGGAAUCGUCCGUUUCUUGAGAGGGAAGAGCUAUUUUGUUACAGGUGCAACAGGGUUUCUAGGCAAAGGUCAAAAAGGAUACGACGCUGCCCUAAGUGUCAAUGCUCUUGGCCCUGAUAGGCUCUUAAGCUUCGCAAAGGAAUGCAAGAAACUGAAACUUUUCCUCCACGUUUCAACUGCUUUUGUGACUGGUAAAGAGGGAACAGUACUAGAGACUCCUCUCUGCAUAGGAAAAAACAUAACUUCUGAGUUAAAAAUCGAAAACGAGGUGAAACUAGCUUCAGAAGCUGCAAGAAAGUUCCAUGGCGCUUGUGGUCGAGUGGCGCGAGACGAGUUCGUUGGUCCUAAGGGCCGCGGGUUCGAUCCUCCCUCUCAGAUAUGCCCAAGUGUUUGGCCAAGCAAUUGGAGGAUCAAAGCAGCUCAAAGCUAUGGAUGGGAAAAGGCUUACAGAUUCACAAAAGCCAUGGGUGAGUCUUUACUUCACAGCAAUCGAGGAGACUUGCCUGUAGUGAUCAUAAGGCCUAGUGUUAUAGAAAGCUCCUACAAGGAGCCUUUCCCUGGCUGGCUCCAAGGAAUAAUUAAGGUUAAUGAUUUUCUGACUUAG